AUGAAAGAUGGCAACCAAGAUGAAGGAAAGAAACACAUGUAUGAGAAGAAAGAUGCCAAAAACAACCAAAAGAAAAAUAAAAAAAUAAAAGAUUCUUGGAUCAUGGACCCUGCUACAGAUGCAUAUUAUCACUGGCUUAUCAUCAUGGCAGUGCCUUCUUUCUACAAUCUGAUGAUGCUUGUGACCAGAUCCUGUUUUAAUGAGCUCCAAAAAGAUUACACCAUGCUAUGGGUCGCACUGGACUAUACUUCAGAUGUUAUCUACUACAUUGACACUUUUAUAAGAUCCAGAACAGGUUUUCUGGAGCAAGGCUUGCUGGUCAAAGAUUCAAUAAAGCUGUGGGAAUGCUACAAAAAGACACCCCAAUUCAAAUGUGACCUGAUAAGCAUAAUACCAACAGAUUUAUUAAUGAUACAAUUUGGCAUUGACAGUCCAGAGCUGAGAUUCAAUCGCCUUUUCAAAAUGGCUCGUCUUUUUGAGUUUUUUUACCAGACAGAGACAAGGACCAACUUUCCUAAUGUAUUUCGAAUCAGCAACCUUGUACUCUAUAUUUUGAUUAUCAUACAUUGGAAUGCCUGCAUUUUUUUUGCUGUCUCCAAAACACUUGGCUUUGGGACUGAUUCCUGGGUCUACCCUAACAUUAGCGAACCUAAGUAUGGCUACCUAUCUAGGAAGUACACAUACUGCAUGUACUGGUCAACACUAACUUUAACCACUAUUGGUGAAACUCCACCACCUGUUAGAGAUGUUGAGUAUUUGUUUGUUGUUGCUGAUUUUCUAAUUGGUGUGUUAAUUUUUGCUACUAUUGUUGGUAAUGUUGGGGCCAUGAUCUCCAACAUGAAUGCUUCACGUGCUCUAUUUCAAGCUAAGAUUGAUUCAAUUAAGCAGUACAUGCAGUUCCGCAAGGUCAGUAAAGAUCUAGAGGCCCGGGUUGUCAAGUGGUUUGACUAUCUUUGGACAGAGGACAAGACCUGUAAUGAAAAGGAAGUUCUUAAAUACCUUCCAGACAAACUAAAGGCAGAGAUUGCAAUCAGUGUGCAUUUGGAAACACUAAGGAAGGUGUGUAUAUUUCAGGAUUGUGAGGAAGGACUCCUCGUAGAGCUAGUGCUUAAGCUUCAGUUGCAGGUCUUCAGCCCUGGAGACUAUAUCUGCAAGAAAGGUGACAUCGGUCAUGAAAUGUAUAUUAUCAAAGAAGGAAACCUGGCUGUGGUAGCAGAUGAUGGUAUAACACAAUUUGUAGUACUGAGUGAUGGUGCCUAUUUUGGUGAGAUAAGUAUUUUGGGCAUCAAAGGCAGUAAAGCUGGGAAUCGUCGGACUGCCAACAUCCGAAGUGUGGGAUACUCAGACCUCUUUGCCCUCUCAAAAGAUGACCUCAUGGAGGCCUUGAUUGAAUAUCCAGAAGCCAAGACCAUUCUCGAAGAAAAAGGUAGGGCCACUUUGAUGAAGGAUGGCUUGAUUGAUGAGACAGUGGCCAACCAGGCAGAUGCCAAAGACCUGGAGGACAAGGUGACCGUAAUGGAAACUAAUCUAGAGAUGAUGCAAACCAAAUUAACAUAUAUAUCAGCAGAGUGGGCAGCCAGCCAAGCUAGAAUCAAGCAGAAAAUCAUCAAUAUGGAGGCCAGAGUUAAAGCACUCUAG